CUCCACCAUGUUGUAGGAAAUCCACCGCUGCUCUUUACUGUCAGAUUACACUUUAAUCUGAGGAGGAGGAUACCCUGUCAAGACGUGCUUGCUAUCUUGGAACGACGUAAAGGUUGAUUUUUUUUUCUUUUUUUCCUACUUUCAAGGAGCGGCCCGCAUUUAAAAGAUGAAUAGUCAGGCGUCCUUUGUCCCCUGUUCGACCACUUGUCACUACAGUAAAAUGUUAGCUGGCUAACCAACGGAGAGAAAAAAAAAGAGUAACUAAAUCGGAUUAGCUGCCAAGCUAGGUAAUAACCAGGUAUUAUUGACUGUACGUGACAACGAAUUCAACCCUUUUAUUCUCCGUACUGCUUUUUUUUUAAUUCCUUCUCAAAUCUUAUUAAUGUUGCUGCAAGGAAGCUAGCACGAAUCACAAAGAGCUGGAGUUCCUUGGCUAGCUUUUUUUUUUUUUAAAAAGACGUAUAUUGAAAUCAAUACAGUGUCAAAAUAGCUGUAAAUAUAACGUUAGCAUAUUUUAAUAAAGCAAAACGCACAGGAACCAGAAAUGUCAGGGAAGGACAAAGAUAAAGCAGAAAAACAGUCCACUACGGAGCGGCUCAUUAAAGCUGUGCCAUACCCCCCACAACAUAAACUGACAAUAAAAGAGGUGUUUGAAGAUGGCAAGCCCAAUCCCGAGCUGCUCCGGAACCACCUUGUCAAGGAGGGAAGGGUGGAGGAAGACGUGGCUCUAACGAUCAUCAACGAUGGCGCCGAUAUCCUUCGCCAAGAGAAGUGUAUGCUGGAAGUGGAGGCACCUAUUACAGUAUGUGGUGAUGUCCAUGGGCAAUUCUUUGACCUCAUGAAGUUAUUUGAAGUGGGGGGAUCACCCAGCAACACGCGGUAUCUCUUCCUCGGAGACUACGUAGAUCGAGGAUACUUCAGCAUUGAGUGUGUUCUCUACCUCUGGUCGCUCAAGAUCAACCACCCCAACACACUCUUCCUCCUGCGAGGGAACCACGAGUGCCGGCACCUCACAGAGUACUUCACCUUCAAACAGGAAUGUAAAAUUAAGUACUCAGAAAGGGUCUAUGAUGCCUGCAUGGAGGCCUUUGACUGCCUGCCCCUCGCUGCCCUGCUGAAUCAACAGUUCCUUUGUGUCCACGGUGGACUCUCACCAGAAAUCAAUUGCCUUGAUGACAUAAGGAAAUUAGAUAGAUUUAAGGAGCCGCCGGCGUUUGGGCCCAUGUGUGAUCUGAUUUGGGCCGACCCCGGUGAAGACUACGGCAGUGAAAAGACAAGUGAACACUUUAACCAUAACUCUGUCAGAGGCUGCUCCUACUUUUUCAGUUACUCAGCUGUCUGUGACUUUUUGGUAAAUAACAACUUGUUGUCAGUAAUUAGAGCCCAUGAAGCACAAGAUGCAGGAUAUCGGAUGUACAGAAAAAGUCAAACGACUGGCUUCCCAUCAUUAAUCACAAUCUUUUCAGCUCCAAAUUACCUGGAUGUCUACAACAACAAAGCUGCUGUAUUAAAAUAUGAGAACAACGUGAUGAAUAUCCGACAGUUCAACUGUUCCCCCCAUCCUUAUUGGUUGCCCAAUUUUAUGGACGUCUUCACAUGGUCGUUGCCUUUUGUUGGGGAGAAAGUGACGGAGAUGUUGGUGAACGUUCUCAACAUCUGCUCCGAUGAUGAGCUCAUGUCGGAGGGAGAUGAUCUUUAUGAAGGUGGCACCACGGCAAUGCGGAAGGAGGUCAUCCGGAAUAAGAUUCGUGCAGUGGGGAAAAUGGCCCGUGUCUUCUCAGUACUCAGGGAAGAGAGUGAGAGUGUAUUAACCCUCAAAGGCCUGACUCCGACCGGGACUCUUCCCAUGGGAGUGCUCUCGGGUGGAAAGCAGACCUUACAAACUGCUACCAUUGAGGCAGCUAAAGCAAAAGCCAUCCAAGGCUUCUCUCCCACGAGGAAAAUUCGCAAUUUCGAGGAAGCGCGAGGCCUGGAUCGGAUAAACGAGAGGAUGCCGCCUCGUAAAGAUGCCCAGCACCCUGACGGCACCACUAUUAAUACCAGUGCACCCAACAAGAAUGGCACUGACGGAUAAGCCACGGGAACGCCCUCCGUUCCCGUUUUCCCAUUUCCCUUUUCCCAUCGCUUCCACCUGUCCGUUUAUCUUCUGCUUGGGAAAGGAAGCAGCAGCAUCGCCGGUGAAAAGACAAGAGUACACUAGAUAUUUAAUGUCCUCCUAGCAUCCGCUUAUGGAAUGAAAACAUUCUUGCUGUUCCACUCCUUGUUCACACUUCCGUUUAUUUGAAUCGGAAUAUUUGAAAAAAGAGGAAUUUCUACAUUUGAGUUGGUAAAGUUAGAUGAAGCUUUAGUCUCUUUUUCAUUGAUGUUUAUGUGUUUGGCGACGGAUACCUUGUGGAUGUUUAUUCUGUAGGCUCAUUUGACAGGGUUUCAAUUGAGGUACGGUGUUGAUUCUAUUGGGGGCGGGGGGCGGGGGCCGGGGGGGCCGGGGGUAUAUCAAACUACUCUUUUAUACUGUCGAGAAAAAUGUCUUAUUUAUAACAUUUUCACCAAACUUUGACGAAGACAUGGGAACGGGGUUUGUUGACUUGUACUUUUACAAUCACUAACUGUUACAUUUGUUCACUUCCUGCUUUCCUAAUAUAGUUUAAUUUUUUUUUCAAUUGAGUGCAUCCCAUAAUCAGUUCCCAGUUCCACAUGUCCAAAAAGGAGUAGGAAGAAGCACAGCUUAUUAAAUCCUACCCCUCCAUCUGGUACUUUUACAAUCAGUAACUGUUACAUUUGUUCACUUCCUGCUUUCCUAAUAUAGUUUAAUUUUUUUUUCAAUUGAGUGCAUCCCAUAAUCAGUUCCCAGUUCCACAUGUCCAAAAAGGAGUAGGAAGAAGCACAGCUUAUUAAAUCCUACCCCUCCAUCUGGUACUUUUACAAUCAGUAACUGUUACAUUUGUUCACUUCCUGCUUUCCUAAUAUAGUUUAAUUUUUUUUUCAAUUGAGUGCAUCCCAUAAUCAGUUCCCAGUUCCACAUGUCCAAAAAGGAGUAGGAAGAAGCACAGCUUAUUAAAUCCUACCCCUCCAUCUGGUACUUUUACAAUCAGUAACUGUUACAUUUGUUCACUUCCUGCUUUCCUAAUAUAAUUUAAUUUUUUUUUCAAUUGAGUGCAUCCCAUAAUCAGUUCCCAGUUCCACAUGUCCAAAAAGGAGUAGGAAGAAGCAAAGCUUAUUAAAUCCUACCCCUCCAUCUGGUACUUUUACAAUCAGUAACUGUUACAUUUGUUCACUUCCUGCUUUCCUAAUAUAGUUUAAUUUUUUUUUCAAUUGAGUGCAUCCCAUAAUCAGUUCCCAGUUCCACAUGUCCAAAAAGGAGUAGGAAGAAGCACAGCUUAUUAAAUCCUACCCCUCCAUCUGGUACUUUUACAAUCAGUAACUGUUACAUUUGUUCACUUCCUGCUUUCCUAAUAUAGUUUAACUUUUUUUUCAAUUGAGUGCAUCCCAUAAUCAGUUCCCAGUUCCACAUGUCCAAAAAGGAGUAGGAAGAAGCACAGCUUAUUAAAUCCUACCCCUCCAUCUGGUACUUUUACAAUCAGUAACUGUUACAUUUGUUCACUUCCUGCUUUCCUAAUAUAGUUUAAUUUUUUUUCAAUUGAGUGCAUCCCAUAAUCAGUUCCCAGUUCCACAUGUCCAAAAAGGAGUAGGAAGAAGCACAGCUUAUUAAAUCCUACCCCUCCAUCUGGUACUUUUACAAUCAGUAACUGUUACAUUUGUUCACUUCCUGCUUUCCUAAUAUAGUUUAAUUUUUUUUUUCAAUUGAGCGCAUCCCAUAAUCAGUUGCAGUGAUCUUUUGAUGGCAGCUAGCAUGUCCACGCCCCCAACCCCACCCCCCCCCCCCAUUUUAGACCCCACCCCUUCAGCACACUCUGUCACUCCCCCCCAUCCCCCCCACUCCCCACGGUCCUGGAUGGAAGCACACCAACCGACAUUUCUUUAAGACUCUUAUUUUAUUUCCUGUUGAAACAAAAGAGGACAUUUUGUUGCCCAAAAAAAAAGCGCUUGUAAAACUUUUCGUGACGGCAAAUAUUUCAGUAUUUAUUCGGAAUUACAAAAACAAAACCGAGAAAAAAAAAAAAAUGUUUGUGGAUCCUAUUGUUGCUUUUAAAGCUGUAUCAGUGUCUCCAUCUGCUGUUUUAUUCUACGGUAUGCAGAUGUACUGUAUGUGUUCCUUUUCAUUGUGGCAACAGUGUUAAAUAAGAAGCUUCUAAAUGACAGCGUUAUGUUAUAUGGAGACUGGCGUUCCCGUGUGGAAUUCCAAUGUAUAUUUGGCAAGGCCAAGCAGUACUGUAGUCAUCUCAUGGCUCGUCAUAUUUCACUCCCAAUUGUCGUCUAAAAAACCACGCAUCGGACAUAUGACAUACAUAUGACAUAUGGUCAUUCUUAUGUAUAUUCAUAGAAAGGUCGAUGGUGCGUUCAUGAUCUCCCACCAAAGUGAGAAGUCUCAAACUCAAAAAAAAAAACAUGAUAAUAAA